AAGAACCAUACUUGCAACAUUAAAGCUGAAUGCAGAGCAUGCAGAAGGGCGUUCUGCUGGAACAUCUAAAGCUGACACACAAUCUUUACACAAAAGAGUAUCUGCCACCCAAGAAGAAAAUCUAAUACCAAGACAAGAAUUAUUUGAAGCAAACUCUACAGAAGUAACUUCGAAACAGUACAGCCUUGGGAAGCAAAUCAAUGAGUGUAAUCAAGAGACAGAGCUGAAAAAGCAAGCUGACCUGAUGUGCCAACUUGGAGAUGAGUACAUAAAAACAGCAGAAAUAUCAAACAUCUGGUAUGAACAUUAUGUGUGGGCAUGUGCGCUGUUCAAUGCAGCACAGUGCCGUCUUGAGAAACUAUGGAAUUCUCACAGACAGACCAAUGAAUCAUUUGCAGACAAUCCUGGUGAGUCAUUUUAUGAUAAAGAUUACAUCGAACAGAGAAAACAGGUAAUUGAAACAAACUUUUUGAGAAAAUUAUCAAUUCAAAAUAAAACAAUCACAACAUCAGCAGAAUCAACAAGCAGGUACAAACAAAUUUUAAAAUCAAUGCGGGAAUAUUCCAAAACAACUGUAAAUGAUAUUAUAAAUAAUGAUAUGAUUGUCGAUGAAUUAACAUCUGAGAUUAAGGAACCAGAUGAAGAUAGGACAAUAGCAAACAGUAGAUCUUUUUACGAUAAUCUCACAGAGAAAAUCUUCGAGUUUUAUAGAUUAAUGCUAAAAGAUUGUAUGACUGACAUUGGAAUUCCAGAAUGUAAGUUUGCAAUGAUUGCACUUGGGUCAAUUUCCCGUAAAGAGGUGACAGCUUAUUCUGAUAUAGAGUAG